GAGGGGGUGGGGCGAUCUGGCUGUGCGGGAGAUCUGAAAGAAAGUAGCUGACAGGAGGAGCGGCGUGUACCGGGCUGGAGGACGGGGAGCACCGGGCGGGUUUACGAGCACAGAGCCCGGCCCUGCACGGUGUAAUUUUACAUGCAGAGGAAUCUUAACGUAAGGUGAUCUGACUGCUGUAAAUGUUGGAUCCAAGCAAUGGAGAAAUGUCUCAAGCAUAGCGUCUUGCUUUUUUAAAUGAGUUGUGUGGAGCCAGAAUGAGACCGCCCGGUAGCAGCCCGCCAUCCCGGCGAAAGUCCAGGCCUCCAAAGAGAGUGACGCCACCUCCACCAUCCCCAAAACCGGGUCCAAGCAAAGCGGGUCCCUCCCAAAGAGAAGGAACAUUCCUCAGACAGAAAAGUACGCGUCGUUAUCGGCCUGGGACACGAGCACUCAUGGAGAUAAGAAAAUAUCAAAAGUCAACGGACCUGUUAAUAAGAAAAGCCCCCUUUGCCAGACUGGUUAGAGAAGUCUGCAUGGAGUAUACUCGUGGCAUGCCGUUCAUGUGGCAAAGUUUAGCAAUCCUGGCAUUACAAGAGGCAGCUGAAGCUUUCCUGGUGCGACUCUUUGAAGACUCUUACCUCUGCUGUCUGCACGCCAAAAGGGUCACCCUCUUUGUCCAGGACAUGCAGCUCGCUCGGCGGAUUCGAGGAACACAGGAAGGACUGGGAUAAUGAAAUUUUUCUUGCCUAAAGGCCUUCCAUUUUUAAUUCAAUGAACUUUACCAAGCCAGGGUCCAGAUCUCUGAAGCAAUACAACAUGAAAUUCCUUAAUUUUAACCAUUGGUGCAUACCAAUUGUUACACUUCUGUAUCUAAGUGUGUGUAUAUAUACAGUCUGUGACUACCUUUUAUUGUAUUGAGGGUUUUAAAUGCUGGACACUUUGGCUUUCUCUUGGCCCACAGUACUUGUGAGCUGUGGACUUCAUCCCGAAUUCAGUGCUGGGGGGGGGGGGAAGGGGGGGUGCUUCAUUCACAACAAUGUGAUAAUUCCACUGCACUCAGGAGGUCAUUUUAAUUUCUGCCUCUGGCUGUUAUUAAUAUUGUAUUAAAUUUUUCUAUGUUUCUACAUAAAAUAUGUUUUGCUCUUUAA